ACUUUUUAAUGAUUUUACAUUAUAUAUGCGUUGUGUAAUUUUAUUUUUAACGAGAAUCCCUUAUUCUUCGAAUGGCAUACUACAGAUCCCGCCGUAGAUGGAUGAAUGUCGUAUUUCAAAGGGAUUGUUUCUUUAACCCAACUAAUCUAUACACGGCUACUUACGAAACACCGAGUUUGUGCACAUAACAACCGUGUUUCUGAAUGAUGCGUUAUGUAAUCCGAGCGUUGCAAGUUGCAGGUUGCCGCCGCGUUUGCAUGUGUGCGGAUGCGUGCAGGCGUCACGCAGCGCAAGUAGUAGCGAUAAGCCGGCUGAUAUUAAGGCGCGAUAACGCGAGACAGGUUAUAGAUACAGUCAAUGUGUGCCAGUGAAACAACGAUGCUUGCGAGGGCCUUGAAAGUGCCUAUUAAGUUGCCAGUUCCUGACAAUUGAAAUCAGGAAAAAGAAAGGGAAAACUUAAUGUACUUCAUAUAUUAAUGUUGAGUUAAUUAUAUCGUUUCAUGGGGUUCCACCCACAUAGAUAACCUCGUGUCACCGCAGUGUCCAAUGGUGUUUGAACUCGGCCAUUUUUGUGGUCACUGGUGACGGUGGAAUUCCCUAGCUAAUUAAAGUCUAAUUAUUCAAUCAUAUUUCCGCAUUUUCCAACACAAGAUUUAUAAUUGCAGUGAUGGACAAUUAGGAAAUAACGUAUUACCAAUGUUUAGGUGAAAGAAGAAACUAAAGUAAGGAGAGUCCUUUAUGUAUAAGGUUAACACUGAAGAUACCGACUGUCGAUAAAAUCAAUGAAGAUAAGAAAUGGAGGAAUAUUUUAUAAAUAAUUCAUCGGAUAUCUUGAAGAAUGCUUCUUGAAAAGAAGAAACAGGCUCAGGAAGAUAAAUGAUAUAUUUAAUCAAGAAAGAAUCCUUCAGGGAUGUUUCCCUUGCUUCAGAUUAUGUCAUCUAGUGAUUUUUCAAAAUAUAUGGGGAAUUAUUGGUUCAAUUUUGUUUAUGUCGAUGGGUAGGCUUAUAAAUAUGAAUCCUGUAUAGUUGGAUUAUUAUAAUUGAUUGACAGACCGAAGGACAGUUUUAUAGUUGUCAUUUUAAUAGACUGUAUCGUUGAACAGUUAUAAAUUGCAUGGUUGUCAGUGACUUGAAGCAUAUUCAGGCAUAUACCGGGUGGGAUUAAAUUGGAAGUAAAUUUUUUGUUUGCAAUUCUUGAUAUAACUAGAGAGAGGCCAUGUUCCCCAAACCACAGAAAGUCCUAAAAAUAUAUUGAGGAAAUCUUUGAAGAUAUUUUCCACAGAUUUUGAAAAUAAAUAUUUUCAAAGCGAAAAUGUUCAAACGCAAUAUUUGUCACUAUGUUAUUUUACGAAGAAAAGGAAUUCUCAUAAUCCCGAUGUCAGCUGAAACACGAAAGUCUUGCAAAACGAGUUUUGCUAAUCAAGGAGUUUGUUUCGGUGAAAUCAGAUAAUUGGUUUCUUCAUACCGUUGGGAAGGAAAAAGUGUGUUCCAGUCAAAUCUGGUAAUCAGACACUAUCAUCUUCUAAGGAUAAGAAUCUCAAAAGUUCUUCUUCGCCCUUAGGUUAUGUUUCCAUGAAGACCCACCAAUUUUCAUUAAAUCUAACCUAAUUCAAGACUAACCUAACUUCAAAGGCAUUCCAAUCACUUAUCUAUCUUUAAGGCAUAUUUUCAAUGCAAUUGAUGCAAUUUUUAAGAAAUACGUAUCCUAAACAAAUCUUCAGUGAACUACCCAUCCUUAAGCCUGACUUUCAUUGCGGUUGUUUGAAAUAUUAGGUUAGCGUGCUUGAUGCAGUUUUAAGGGAAAAUCAUUGAUACGCAAACCUAUAGUUUAGUGUUUCAAAGCGGCGAGACGGUGAGUGGUGAAAAGGAACAGCCGCAAAACGAGUUCAAUGAACCCACGUUUAAUUACACGGGGCUCCACACUGGCUGCGCCACGCUGAAACGAUACACCAGUUCGCAUCUUCCAGGCGCUACCACGUUCUACCGAUUAGCAUGAUCAUCUUUAUUAAUUCGAGGAUACGUUUCGUUGAACAGACACUUCGUUUCGUCGGUGUAAAGAAAUCACCUCGCUGUUCCGCUAAUUCGUUAUUCGGAUUCUCCACUGUAAUUGUGGUAUAUCCUCCGGAGGGAGGGGGUUUAAACCAGAAAUCAUUUCUCAUAGUUCGAUUCGACUGGAUCAUUAACGAUCGCCAUCGCGAAGUUACGAAACCCGCAAUCAUUGUCAACAACCAUUCGGCCCUGUACCUGUCCUGAUGGAUCAGGAAUGUUACUCUGGUUGGAUCGUUGCCAACACUUCUAUAAUUCCAUGCUUUCAAUCCUCUCCUCUGACCUGGUUGUCGUUUCCUGGAUUUUUCGGAAGAUAUGAACGGUGUCUGAAUUCCCUAGGAACUAAUCACACUCCUGUUACCAGUGGUAACUAAUUUAUCAAAUGUUGAAUACUAAAAUUGGGUAUAUGCUUUGGAUGGUAAACAGAAAUUAUUUCAUAUUCUAGGGAUACCUAGGAAUCUAGGGAUUAUUCCUUAUGCUUGCAUUUAGUGGAAUAAUUUCUAGGGAUACCUAGGAAUCUAGGGAUUAUUCCCUAUGCUUGUAUUUAGUGGAAUAAUUUCUAGGGAUUAUUCCCUAUGCUUCCACUUAGUGGAAUAAUUUCUAGGGAUCCCUAGAUCGAAUAAUUUCUAGUUAUCUUUAAGUUUACCGAGCCAGGAUUUUUACAAUUUUUUCUCUAUAAUUGUAGAAAUUCAAUAUUCAUUUUUUUAUUCUUUUUUUAAAAAGGAAGGUUAGAAUGAGAUUGAAUAACCACAAACUUAAUUGAAAGCUAGUCUAAAGUUCUGUUCUGGGUUGAACCGAUCAUUCAGGACCUAGGAACACUGGGUCGUCCUACUUCCUAACGCUCGGCCGUUGUUAACAGAAAUAGAACAUUCAUGAUUUAUCCUCUCGAUAGAUUCUCGUGCAAAUUGAAAUCAUUGAAAUCCUGUACUCGCAUUUCCAUUUGCUUCGAGUUAGUUCAGACGUUGUUCUUCAUCGUCGUAGACAGCUGUUAUCAAUUCUGUGAUAAGAAGUCUAAUUAAAAUAUUUAUAGAAAUAAUAUGCAGGUAUCAUAAAUUGUAAUCUAACAUCCUCGAGCCAAAUAAAAAAUUGAAUUUUUUAUUUAAAUAAUUUUAGAUUAGCUUGAAAGUUUUUCAAGUUUCCAUGGAACCUAAGAUAAAGGAAUACCCUAGAUCCACAUAAAUUAAAGGUACUGAUGGAUUGUUCAAAUAACAAUGUCUCUGACUCAGCUGGAGUCUGUGGGUCCCUUUAAAAUCACCAGAAAGUGUGACGUUCAUCGUCAUCGUUGGCGUCAUCGGUGCUCCAACCAGCCGGUUUUCCCCCUUGGGGGACGACCUGGUGUUCGAAGCUUGUCGUCUCUUUUAAGAGCCCUGCCAGAAGGGUGGCGGCGACCCCUUUCGACGGUGGCAGAGGGGCAGUUAUCGAUUCUACGGCUCUCCCUCUUCCCCUACUUCCGGAUAGAACCGCGUCAAGGAGAAAGCGUGGCAGACCGUGUGUGGACUGCAUUAUCUUUCCUCUCUUGGCCUUCGCUUCUCUUAUCAAUAUUCGUUUGCCUUUUUCUUCAUUUUCUUGUCACCUCUGCCCCUUUAUUUUGUCGCGUUCUCUAUGCUCCUCUUGUGAAAGAAAAUUCAGACCUUAUUAAUCAAUUUAAAAAUUGAUCUCUGCAUUUCAAAAUUACAUCCACAACUAUGUAGAUAUAAUAUUGAAAAUAUCAAUGAUGCAGCUGUAGGAAGUUAAAAACUGAAGCACUCGGCCAAGACUUUCACUCCCAUUUCUCUACCUUUUUAACACCCUGUAUGUGAGUUUCAAUCCCCUCCAAGUUUGUCCCGUUCUCCUUUCCUCGAGCGGCACUCUGUUCUCUCAAUUCUCACUCAGCUCGCUUCUCUCCUCCGCAUUGUGUCCUCCUCGUCGCCCUUUUCACUUUUUUUUUAUUUCUGCCUCCUUUCAUCUUGCUCUGUUUCAUACCACUUCAGCUAUAUCCCUCUUGGUCGCUGUCCGUCGGUCUCUCCCUCUAUAAUCAUUUGGGGUUCACCCUGUCUCUCACUCCCUUUGUCCCUCUCGCUUCACCCUGGGUACCGGUCGAACGAGGACGAAUAAACGCGAGAGAGGAGGAAAUAUUGUUUACGAGAUCAAGAGAAAAGGGAUACGAGGGAGGAGGAGAAAAUAAAUUGAAGGAAAAUGAGGAUUUUCCAAAUUCCUGACUUCCUAUAACAAUAGGGAUCCAAGUCUCUGGAGUUUUCUGAUUUAUUCUUAUUCUUCCUCAAUUAUUCCAUUGAAUUUGGAACUUUAUACUGGUGAUUCCGGUUUUCUUCUUCAUUCUGACUGUUGAGGAACUGAGAAACUGUAAUUAACAUGGAUGAUCCAUGUACUGUGACGCUGUAACAUUGAAGACCUCAAUUUUCUCAUUUAUCCUAAUUGACGCAGAGGCUCAGGGAUUGUAUUUAUAGUAUCAGAAGUUUUCUGCCAUUGGAUUACCCUAAGCAGGUUAUUGUGAUAAAACUCAGCCGUGGAACGGUGCAAGGCUUUUGAAACGAUAAAAAUUGUUUUACAAUACCGUGCGUCACGUGCAGCGAGCAGAAAACAAGGGAAACGAAAUGCAAAACACGCCUGCCACGAUGCGAACGCAAACAGAGAAGCAGCCCCAGCGGACGUGACUGGUAGCAAGACGAGCAGCGAGCCGGUCCGUCGUGGGCCAAAUUUCUCCCCGGCAACGACGGCGUCCUCGACCUCAGCGUCGUCCCCGUCGCCUUGCGUGGACGCAAGGAUGGUCGCCUCGACGCACAAUCUAGACGAGCUGACCGUGAGCCAUCCGACCAGCGCGAGCAGCGACCGACAGCAACAGCAGGAGAAGCACGGACCAGCGUACAGAUCGGCCCAGACCGCUCAGGACAAGCGGAGCAGGCUCAGCAACGUGAUAAACAACCUGAGGAAGAAGGUCCCGGACUCAAGGAAUGGUGAUUCCCCGAGGAAGGAGGAGGACGAUAGAAACAGCGUGGAGAGGAACCUGGAAACGCUGGAGAAGUACGUGAUGACUGUGCUGAACGGGGUGAUCAAGGACGAAGAGGAGGAAGACGGAGAGGUGGGCAGGAAGAAGGAAGAGAAGGGAAAGGAUCCUGAGAAGAUGACCGAGGAACAAGAGGACGAGGACUCGAAGGGUCCGGCAGCUAAGUUCGAACCUUCCAAGCCCAACGAGAGCAGGACAGAGGCUGCUGUAUUCUCCUCGAAGCAGCCUGAGAAGCCAGAGGCUAAGGAACCCAUGGGGCAUCGGAAAUCGGAGACUAGAGAAUCAGACGUUCUCCAGAAGGAAGAGAAAGUCAGCUCUAUAUCGAAGGAACCGACCGAUGGCUUCAGAGAGGAGAACCAGGCUCUUAAAGUGGAGGCUGCCGAGGAUAAAUGUUCUUCCAGAGAAACGAAGCCUGAGGAUGAUUCAGUCCAAGAAUCGACGAGAACCGAUGCUCAGGAAGAGGAGAGGAAGGAAAAUCGUUCGUUAGGAACGAUCAUCAUGGAGAGGCUCAGCGAGCAUCAGACUGAAGAGAAGGGCAGUAUAGAAGCUGCUAAGGAGCAGGCUCGAGAGUUCGUUCCCGAGAACGUGGAGCUCAGGAACGUAUGCAGGGAUCUACUGAACGAUCUGUUAAACGGUAUCAAUCAGUUGAUCGACGAGAAGAGUCAGGCAACUGAGGAUAGUAGACCAGUGGAGGGCUCUGUCGAGGAAUCCAAGGACUCCAGGAGUCCUGAUCUCUCCACGACCAGCCUGCACUGUAGCUUACCUCUGGACAAAGUGGCAUCGGUGCUGCAGAAUUGUCAGAGCAACGAAUUGGUCGCCCCUCAAUCGCCUUCGUCCUCCUCCUCGUCCUCUUCGUCCCAAGGUUCGAAGUCUCCUAGCAAACCUACGUCCCCUACGGUUAGGCACUUGUGCCUCUAUUGCGACAGGAAGUUCCUGUCGAUAUCCCUGAGGCAACGGCACACCGAGAGGGUCCACCAGCAAGGCGGUGGCAGAAGGUCGGAGAGAAACUCGAGGAGACCCUCGCAGAACUGUCAGUACUGCUCGGACAAGUGCGCGGAGAGCUUGGAGAGUUUGUUCCAGCACAUGGUCGGCACCCACGGGGACAAGUAUUACGCCUGCGUGCAGUGCUCCACGAGGUACCUGACCAGGGAGGCUCUGGCCGGGCACAUGAACGAGAACCACGCGGACAGGAACCUUCAGAUUCAGGAGAAGACGAAGGAGCCCUCGAGCUCGCCCUGCAAGGAGCUAGGUAACCAAAGCCCCCGCGACAGGCCAGACCCUCUGAGCCCCAAAGAGAGAAGGUCAGACGAGUCCGAUCACGAGCACCGUGCCGAAUCUAUCCUCCUGAAACCAAUGAUUUCCAUGAAGGAUAACUUCAGCAACCCGGGUAGUCCGGAGUUCGACAGUUCCUUCUACAGCAGCGUCAGUUGCAACAUCCGGGAGAAUCUUCUGCAUCACCUGGACGGCAAGCUUCAGAGCUCUUCCUCGGCUAUAGCGACCACCUCCUUGAUCGUCGACUCUAAGCUCCAGCUCCAGCAACAACAGACUUACUACGAGCAUAGCGCCAACCAGAUCCAGUUCCCCAUAGAUAUUUCUUUAACGGCCGCGACACCAGUCUACUCGAAAGACUACGCCAACGAGGAGUACGAGAACAACAGCGAAUACGCUCAGAAACCCGGCAAAAGGAACCGAUCCCAUCCUCGAAGAGUGUCCUUCGAGAAGUAUAAUUUUCCAAGGAAGUACGACGGGAAGGAACAGUGGACCUGUUCCAUCAAGGAUCUCAGCAAGUUCGAUAUCUCCACUCAGUUGUCGCUGAGGAAGAAGCAGCAGCUGCUGAAGGAACGAUAUACGUUGAGUAGGUUGCACCAGAUCUCUCUGAUGAGUCCCUCUGGGACCACGGAUAUCGCGCAGGACGAGCAAGACCUGGAGUUGAGCAGUCCUGAGGAAUCUAAGAGCGUCGAGGAGGCUUCUGGUGGAAAGAAGGAGAAAUUGAUAGAGUCUAUGGUGGAAGGGACCGAGGCGAUGUCGCCUCGUUCCACCGAGUUUAGCUCUGAAUUUGAGAACUUCCUGAGGCUGAGGAAGUGGGACGAGAAGACGUCGAACGAGGCGGCGAAGAAGCAGGAGGUGGUGUACGCGGAACUCACUGGAGAGUGGUCGAGACCCAGGAUCUACAUUUGUGGCGCUUGCGCUACCAGACAUGUCACUCUGAAGGAGAUGGAGGACCAUAAAGCUAUCUCUCAUCCAAACGUUUGGUGCUCUCACUUUGAGUUCUCUGGCGACCAGAGGGAGCUCUACAAGCAUCUCUUUCUACCAGGAAAAAAUAUACCCACCGCAAAAGCAAGGGCUGCCAUGUUGGCAGAGAAAGUGUGCACCAAGUGUUCGAAGAACUGCACAACAUUGUCAGAGUUGCACAGGCAUAUGUUGGAGUGCGGAGGGGACCAAGCUUGGCUGCUGGGUCUCUUUGGUAAUGGAAAGAAAAAAUGCAAGUGGAGACCGUUUGGUAGCCGCAGUAGAAGACGAAGACAACGUGGGAUGAAAAGAAAUAUUCAGAACUCGCAGACACCCAGGGUGAACACACCCAAGGAGAAGCAACCUACCGGGCCAAGAGUCAGACCCAGUGAUAGAGAAAGUAUUCAGAAAAUGCUGGCGAAUUUGCCACCCAAGAGGGCUACCAGGAAGGUGCUACAGGAUAGUACAAUGAGGACACAGGGCAGACUGCGCAAUGUGCAAACCAGAACCAGACCGCGUAUGGUCGGCGACAAUUCCACUGCGUCGCGUAUGUCUCGUAACAAGGCUGUGCUGAGGAACAAGUUGCUGAAGAACGCGAAGUCGAUCCAGCGGAAUCGUUGCCGGAUCGAUAACAUAUCAGCGGUGAUCGAGAGCGUUGUGAGGAACUACCAUCCGGACAAGACGUCGGACGACGACAAGGACGCAGUCGACGGGUACAUUGACAAAGAAACCAAAGAGAAAUCGAUCGACGAAUUAAAUGCUGAAUUGGUGAACGAGAAGAGCAACAGGACCAAGGUUGGCAGGGGUCCCAGGGUGCUGGGGAAAAGGAGGAACGUUAGAACGAAGGAUGGAGCAACGAGAGGGUUGGACCAGCCUAGGAAGGGUAACCUGAAGGCAAGAGCCAGGGGGAUGCUGAAGAAUCCUUUGGACCCAAAAGCAGAAGGCUCUAGCGAGUCUCUGAAAGCUCCUAAAGGUGUCAGAGUGUCACCCAAGAACGUUGAAAAGGAGGCUGAGGUAAUCGGGCCAGAAGCUAGUCCAGUGGAGGCUAAGUCUCCUAAUUUCUUAUCGAAGAACAAGUCUUCUACGCAAACCACGCCCAAGAGAAAGCGACCGGUUGAUCCCGUGGCAUCUCUGAAUGCCUCCAUCAAGGCGAAAUCGCAGUUGAGAACCCAGGACGGGAAAUUUGCCAAGAAUCCUAAUAAGGACCCCUUUAGCCCUGUUAAGUCCUCGGAGAACAAGUCACCUGUAUUUGGACGGCAGCUGUCGAAGGAAAGGAUCAACGAGAUCAGUCCGGAGACGUCUGUCACUAGGUCCAAGCUGAGGACAGUGUCGAGGAACAGGAAUAACGAUCAGCCACCGAAGAGGACCACCAGGUUGUCUUCGGACAGCGACAAGAUGCCCACCUUGGAGCCAGUUGUUCAAAUUCUCACCAAUAGCGAGGACUACACUGAAGCGACCAAUGAUCUGCCUAUCUUGUCUCCAGUCACUCCAUCCUCCAGUCUAGAGAAGGCAUCCCGUGGUAAAAACCUAAUUGGCAAGGUAGGAGCGAGGAAAACGAUGGAAGGUGAGAAUACAGAAGCUGGGGAGGCUGUCCAAGUGGAGGAGAGAGAUCAUAAGCAGAGGGGCAGGAGAGCAAAGAGUGACCUGAGGAACUUGGAGAAGAAUAUGACUGGUAAGGGUGAAGGAGGCAAAGUUAAAGAGAAACUGAAGAGGAAAAGUGCUCCUGCUAGAAUGUUAAACGUGGAGGAGAAGAAAACAGUAAAAAAUAUUGAAGAGACGAGUCUGAAGAAGGAAUUGAAGCAGAAGAAAGAGGAAGGAACAAGGACACUGGAUACCAGAAGCAACUGGAAGACGAGGACGUUCGAUGAGGAGCCAAUAAAGCUGGAAAAUGUUCCUUUCGAGGUGAAGAAACUGAUUGGAGCGGAUAACAAAGAUGAUUUAAUGAAUAAAUUAGUCCUCACCUCUUUGACUUCCACCUCCAAACGGUGUUUGAGGCAAUCUAUGACCAGAGUCAAGUUUGGACAGACUAGAUGCAAGAUUCGUAAGGAUACAGAGAUGGAGAAGAAGGCUGAUUCAGGGUCGAUGUCGGAUGCUUCUACGAAGAAGGAGAAGUUCGAGGCUCGAAGGAAGUCUCUGAGAAACACCGAAAGGAAGUUCGAGAGGAGCAGGACUGUGAAGGAGGAGAAAUUCGAUCAGGCCAAUAAGAUCUGCGAGGCUGUGAACGAGGUUAAAGCAUCCAUCAGAGGUAGAAGGAGCAGUAGCUUGUCCAAUGACAGCAAAUCGACGAUGAACACCGGUCAAGUGUACCCUUCGGAUAAGGCAGAGGAAUCGACAGUCCAGAACAGCGACAGGAGGCAGACCAGGGGUUCGCUGAUGAACUCAAGCGAGGAGCAAAACGAUGUUGGCGAGGUGUCCCAGAAGAAGAUCGCUUCCACUGGAAAAAGAAGAGGACGGGUUAGAACCAUCAUCGAAGUUUCUGAGAAGAAUAACGUUGAAGCUGAUAAGAACUCGACCGAACCCACCGAUAAGUCCUGUCCCAUUGAUCAGAAUGAAGCAAAGCUAAGAGAAGAGAGUAUUGUCAAAGAUAAACAGAAGGAUGAGGACAAGGAGCCACUGAAGUGUCCUGAUGUUUCAGAAACGAACAAGAUAAAUACGAAUCGUCUUCAGGUAGAGACCAGCAGUUCUGUGGACAGUGGCAAAGAAAAUACAUUAGAGACACCAGCACCUGUUCAGAAGCUGAAGGUUGGGAGGCCUAGGAAGUCCUGGGGAGCGAAACGCGAAAGGACUUCGAAGAGGUCCUUGAACAACGUGAUCGGUAUCCUUACAGAGGGCAUGAAUAUCCCUGCGGAGACGCAACAGAGUGUACCUUUGGCUCCCCAGCCAGCAGUGGACAUUGCGAGUCCUGAAGAAAUCUCAGGUAGCAGUAUCCAACAAGCCAGUGAUGAUUCUAAGCCAGUAAAUGAGGAUAAAUCUGAAAAGGAUUCGCAAAAGCAAAUUACUGAAAGGGCAGGUACUCCUGUUCAGAAUCCUGAAGAGGAAUCGUGCCAACCUAAAGCUUCAGAGACGUCCGAGGAGGACACUUCUGUAGAGAAUUGUAAGGAAGAUUCUUCAGAGAAUUCUAAACCUUCUAAAAGCACUAAGGAAGAGUUACCAACUGAUGAUAUAAUUUUGGACCUAUCCAGGAGGAAGCAGAAAGGUAAAGGCUCGUUCUUGGAGAAGAUUGUCUCAAAAAUAGCUAAGCAGAAGGAUGCUCUAUUGGAAGGUGAGGUUGGAUCUUUAUUGGACACAGCUGCUGAUGAGUUGACGAGUAUUCUAGACGAAGUUGGACCUUCCUUGUCAGAGAUCGCUGAGAACUCGGUCGAGAAGAAUACUAGGACUGAAGCAGAGCAAAAUGUGCAAGGAUCUGACGAGCAUUCUACUUGCAGGAACUUGGAGAACAAGGAUACUAAAGCUGAAGGUGAAGAAAAAGCAUUGGAGACCUCAGCCACGUUGAAACAAUCUAAAGAAGAGAAGGAGAAUAAUGAAGGAAACAUUGAUAGAGAAACUUCAGUAGACAAGAAACCUUCUGAUGAUCAACUUAGGCCUGAAGAGAAGAAUACUGAAAGUUCUCCAGACACAAGCAAGGAGGUAAUUAAUAGCAAAGAAAUAGAGCCACAAAUCACUCCAGAAGAAGAAUGUAAAGUUGAAAUAUUUAAAGAAGAUCCUAACAAAGACACCAAAAUCUCAUUAAAGCCUGAAGAGUCUGAGAAAUUAAGUGUAAGUGAUCAGCAAAGUUCUAACGAGAAGGUAUCCAAGAUCCACAAGCAUCCCAAUAAAGAGGGUCAUCGAAGGCCCAGAGGCAGAAAGCCUGCUGUGAAGAACAAGACUGUUGAUUUGAUCAAUGACAGUGAAGAAAGCGAGGAAGAGGAUAAAACCGAGUUACAGAACAAGAGUAAAAUAGUAAAGAGUGUAUUUGGUCGAGUUUUUGGGAGUGAAAAGACGGAGAAGGUGAAGGAGUCGUUGAACGAUUGGGUGUCCAAGUCAGAAGAAGACUCAGACUUAUCAAGAGCUAAUUUUGUAUCCACUAGUUCCAAUGUAACGAAUGCUGAAGCAACCUCAGAGGCAAGGAACGAGGACAAGAACUUGAAGAAACAUUCAGUCACACCAUCUGUACCUUCUACCACUAGAAAGAAACCUGGAAGGAAGCCCAAAGAUAGCUCUUCAUCUGACAAAAUCAGCCAGGAAUUCUCCAGUUCUUAUUUCGUGCCUGUGCCACCAAACAAGAGCAGGCACUGCAAGAAGAUAGCUGAAGAGAGGAUCUUUAGGUCUUUCUUCCUAGGGAUAGAGCAGAAGAAAACUAACUAUGGAUUGAGAAAUCAAAAUAAAUCUGACUUGAGCAUCAAGGACAGUGAUUAUGGAUCCUUCAGCAAUGAUGAGGACUUCUGCAAGAUGGUUUCCUUGGAGGAUACUCUGCAAGAGGAAGCUGAUCCUAAAAGCAGAGAUGCUAAAACUGAGGAUGAGGCGAUGUCUUCAGAGGGUCUUUCCAAGGAAUUUUGCAACGAGAAGAGUUCUCAUAAGGAAUUAGCUGAAGAGUCUAAUAGUAAACAGGAAAUUGGACCCAGUCAGUUAAAUCCUGAAUAUGAAGAAAAUGCUUUCUUCAAGGAACAGAAAGAAUCAACUAUCUGUGAUGCAGAAAUUGGGAAAGAAUUUUCCUGUCCAGAACCCAGUCCUGUUUCAAACGAAGCUCAAUUAUUAACUGUUCAGAAUAUUUCAGAAGAGAAGAAGAACCAGGAAGCUGUAUCUGAGGAGACGAAAAUCAAAAGGAAAUCGAAGAAGCGAUCUCUGGAAGGAAACUCCCCGAAGAAGAAUAAAAGAAAAUCUGUAGAACCAGUGGACAAUUCUGAAGAGAACUUGAUCCCUGAUGAAUUGGAUCUGGCUGAUAUCAUGGAGCUGAUUGACAAAUCAAAGCAAGUGCCUUCUACCAAAGAUAACUUUGAGGAUGAUCUGUUUGUGGAGGAACGAAUUCAAUGUGGCAAAAGGAAAACUAUCAGCGAGGAUAGGGUAUCGAAAAAUUCAGAUAGCAAAAUGAGCCAGGAUACUCGAGUAGCUGAAGAAUCAACUGAAAUUGCGAAAAAACUUAAGGUGGACUCAGAAGAGAAAGCUCCAGACAAAAAGGAUGAAACUGAAGUUGAAAGAAACAGUAUUGAAGAUUCUGAAACAGCUAGAGAUGAGGACAAUAGUUCAUUAUUGUUAAAAAUCUCUGGGAAAAGGAAAUCCUACGUUGCAAGUGCAGAUCAUUGUCAGAUCCCUGAAUCUCCAGUCAAAAGCUCCUCGAAAAGAAGAUCAAUUCAUGAUGAAAAAUCAAGUGAAUCAUCUAAGGAAGAUGCACUGUCCAGGCUGGAGUCUGUUGAAGGAACAGAGUCUGCUGGAAGUGAAAUUACAUCUGAAAUAAUAAAUGAAGAACAAAUUGAAAGUAGUUCUAUUAUUAAUAAUAAUGUUGAAGAGUGUCAGUCAUCAGUGAAUGAGACAUUGGAUAUUACAGAAAGGUCAGAAAUAAGAGAAGAGAAGCCUGCUUUGGAGAAUGCAGAGAAUCAACAGCAAAGUAAAGAAGAUCUGAUUAAAAAUCUCCCAGAAACUAAGCCAACAGAACCAGUGAAAUCCCCAAUUACAGUUAAGGUAUUAAAAAAACGAGGUAGGAAGAAGAAAAAUCCAGUUGAUAUUCAAACUAAAGUAAUUAAUCAAGAGAAUUCUCAGUUACCACCAGUAAACGUGGAUCAGGUUCCCAGGAGAUCCUUGAGAACAAGUCGGUUCAACGAAGACCCUGAAGAGCGAAACAAGAUUUCUAAUGAUGCAAUUAAAUCACAGACUGCAUCCCCAAGUUUGGAACAAUUUAAAGUCCCAGAGGUGACAGAGGUAUUGCAGCUCACCAAGAAGAGAACAUACAAAAGGAGGUCAACGACUGACGAGCACUUGGAUGGUCAAAACAGUUCACCUUCUGUCGAAUCAGAAAUGAGCAGCGCAAAAUAUUCAGAAACAAAGAGCCUUAAUGAAAAGGAAGAGCAGCCAAGUGUUCAUCAGAAAGAUUUUCUGGAGAAUAAGCAAUGUUCUUCCAAAGGUUCUCAUCAGUUGGGUUUGGAGAGAUCAAGCUCUUCAGGUUCCAUUGAUCUGUCUCAGACGAAUAGGAGGAGGUCGUCCAAGAGAAAACAGCUCUCCUCCGAGGAUCUAUCCGGUCAGAAGAACCUGAACCUUCGAGCAGAGAGCGUGGACAACCUGUCGGAGACUUCCUGUACCAGCGAGUCCAGUUACUUCAGGAAGAAACGGUUCACCAAAAGGAAGAAAGAGUUCCAGGAACGUCGAGAGGACGUGCAGACAGAUACUUCCAUCACGGACCCUGAAUCCAUGGACUCAGAGAAACCUGCUGACAGAAGGCAGAGCCUGAGGAGAAGGGCGAAGGAGAACAUAUCCUUCGAGUAUUCUGCGUUCGACCUCGUCGACUAUUUCGGUAUUCCAAUGGACAUGGAGGAUUCCCCACAGGAAGACACCGUGGAGAACAGUGUCAACCAAGAGCCAGAUUCAACGACUGAGGAAUUGAUCCAAGAACCCACCGCGAACAAUAUAUCUAAUCAAGAACCUGAAGAAAUUAGCACAAGCGAGGACAAGUCGACAGAGGACACUAGGAAGUCAGAAGUAGAAGAGGAAGACGAUUCGAAGGGAGAGGAGAAAGCAGACGACAAACUGGAAGAACUUCCUCAGUCUCAAGAUGACUUCCAGACACCAAAGAAGAGAGCUGCAGGGAACUUUGUGGUGGUCCACAAGAAAACUGGCGAGAUUCUGAUCGUGGAGAAGAGGAAGAAGCUGACGAAAGAGGCUGCCAGGUUCUUCUGCGACGUCUGUGCUACCAGUUUCACCAGGAAGAGCUCUCUGAAGAAGCACAAUCAGUCUCAAUCGCACCUCGUGCAAGUAACCAAGUUCAGAAAAGAUAAAACGUUGAUGGAGUGCAAGGAAAACCUGGAAGACACCUGCAGCAUUGGUCAGAAUGAUGUUUCCAGCGAUGAGAACAGGAGUACCACUGAUGAUGUUAAGAAAGAUCAGAAGGAGAACUUCUUGGAUUCCUUGUACGAUCAGACAGACCUGAAGUCUGUGGAAGAUGAGUCGUCUAGCUAUACUGGGCCAGCAGACCAAGAGUUCCUGAUGGAUUCCCAUCAACGUAUCUUAGAGGAUGAACUACUGGACGAGGAGAUUUGCAAAAUCACUGAAAACAUGAGUCACGAUGAGUACGUCCUCACUGACCACGUGAGUCCUGGGCCAGAGUCCACGUCCACGCCCAUCAAGGUGGAGAUCAAGAAGACAGAGGAAGUUGGUAAGAAGAAGAAACACGAGAGGAAGAAGGAGAAGGCUAAGAAGAAGAAUCUUAGCAACGAACAGGUAACACUGGAUAGCUCUGAAACUGAGGGACCUAUAGACUCCUCUAUGAUGAAUCUUUUAGACACAAGUAUGUCUAUGGAAACUUCAAAGCUGAGUGAUAGUGAUUCAGAAUAUUCUUUUUUACUGGCAAACUCUCUUGCUUGUACUCUGAACAAAUUUCGAGAGAAAUAUUUACAGAAUGCAGGUAGGACAGAGGAAAGCCAGGAUGGAAAGGAUUUAACAGAAUUGAAAAAGGAUUUGGAGCAACAGGAGCGAACAGGGUAUUCUGAAUCGAACCUUGAUGGAAAAGCUGAAAAUUUGAAUGGUAAAGAUGUUCCUAAAGAAAAUCAUUCUACUGAACGAUUGAGCUUAAAGCUCAUCAUAAAUAAACGUAGCCUAGAAAAUUUUAAGGAACAAGAUACUCCCUUGGAUCGUUUAGAUACACUGGCUAAAGAGAAUGAAGAGAAGCCUGAGGAUCCUUUGGAUUCUUUCGGUGACCCAAUCAAAGAAAUCAAUCAGCUGGAACCUGAAAUUGAUCAGCUCAAUUUGGAUAUGUAUCUUGGAUCGUCGAAACAAGUAGAAAACAGAAAGAGCACAGAAAAUAUUGAAGACUUUGAUACUUUCAAGGUACAGAGCCUUGGAGAAGAUUUGGCUGAUCGACAAAAUUCUAUGGUCAUUGAGAAUGAAAUGCAAAAUGAGUCUGUGAAAGAAACUAGGCAUGGGAAAUCGAAGAAAGGUAAGGGGAGAAAGCAUCAGGAAGAGAUAGAAAGUUCAGAUGAUACGAGAAGAACGUCCAAAUCUAAAGAUAAUCAAAGUAAUCAGAUAUCAGAGGGCACGAAUGGUCAGAAAUCAACUGACAAUUCUAAGACACUUGAGUAUAACGAUGAGAAUCCAGAGCUUUUAUUGUACGACUCGCAGUUAGAAAGCACAGGUAUUAAAGUGAACAAUGUAAUCAGUCCCUCAAAGGUUGAGGCUAAAAAUGAAGAAGAAUCUGAUGAAUUAAAAACGAUUGAAGAUCAGGACAGCAGAAAAGUUCAGCAUGAAUUAAACUCUUUAGAAAAAGUUGUAUUGAGACACUCAACAGAGGAGGAGCAGCUGAACCAAGAAACCAUUGAUUCUAAAAACAAAAACAGUUCCUUCAAUUCCUUGGAUGAAGAUGAAGACUCGUCAUCGUCUAGCCUGGCAGACAAACCUCUGUCGCAGCUUUUACUGAGGACCAACCUAAAAGUAGACACCGGUAAGAAAUUAUUAAUAGAUUCUGAUGACGAGCUUAGGCCUGAGGAGAAGAAUGCUGAAGAUUCCCCAGACACUAAUACUUCAACUGAUAAUCAGGAGUGUAAUGAUAAGGAGGUGUCUAACAGCGAGCAGAUGGAGCCACAAGUAUCAUCAGAAGAGGAAUGUGAAGGUGAAAUACCAAAGAUGGAAACUGAAGACACGAAAACCUUGUUGGAACCAGAAAACGAGGUUCCAUCGUCGAAGGACGUCGAUGAUAAAGAGUCUGACGACAUGGACGAAGAUAACAAUCAGAAAUCGAGUCAUGGUUCUAACGAGAAGGUGUCCAAGACCCAUAAGCACUCCAGCAAGGAGGGUCAUCGAAGGUCCAAGGGUAAGAAGGCUCCUGCGAGGAGCAAGAUAGCUGAUUUGACAAGUGACAGCGAGGGCAGCGAGGACGAGGACAAAACCGAGUUACAGAACAAGAGUAAAAUAGUGAAGAGUGUCUUUGGCCGAGUUUUUGGCGGUGAGAAGGCGGACAAAGUGAAGGAGGUGCUGAACGACUGGGUGUCCAAGUCAGAGGACGACUCGGACGCUUCAAGAAGUGACUUCAGGUCUACUACUCCCAAUGAAUUGAAUGCUGAAGAGACCUUAGAAGCAAGGAACGAGGAGAAACGACAUUUAGUUACAUCUGUAUCUUCUACCAUUAAAAAGAAGCCUGGAAGGAAGCCCAAAGACAGUUCCUCAAUCGACAGGACCAAAGAGAAGAACCCAUUGUCUGAAAAUCGAGAGGAACUUCGGGGCAACAGGCAUUCGAAAUCAAGGAACAGCUCGGGUAAUCGUAAAAAGUCUGAAGAGGAGGCUUCUGAUUAUUAUUUCCUGGUGCUACCACCGAACAAGAGUAGGCACAGUAAGAAGAUAGCUGAAGAGAGGAUCUCUAGAGCCUUCGAUGGAGUUAGAAUGUUCGAAGAGUUUCUAGGUGGUGAUCAGAAGGAGGGGAACUAUGGAUUGAGAAGCCAAAGUAAGCCUGACUUGACCAUCAAGGACAGUGGUUACGGUUCCUUCAACUAUGAUGAAGAUUCCUCGAAGAUGGUUUGCUCGGAGGAGCCUCUGGAGGAGGAGCAGAAACUCCUGAAGAAAAGAAAGUCAUUGUCGUCUAAGACGAGCAAAAGCAAAACAGACAGUGAUGAUUGGAAGGACCUGGUAAUGGAAAUGAGGUCGUUGAAGAGCAGUAAGGAACCGACUGAUGAAGAGGACAAUUCUGUCAAGGAUAUUCCUGAACAAGAACCCCUGUCUAGUAGAUUGUCAGCUGACUUGAAAUCUCGCAGCUGCAGCAGCUUAGCUCCCAGCAGUGUGAGGAACAGAUCACCAAGCAUGGACAGGAACUCUCAGAGCACUAGGGACACCGACGUGGACGAGGAAGAUGAAGAUAUUGGUCGUGGGAGGAUAUCUCCACUGUUCGUUCGUGAGACACCUGGUAGCUCAAUAGAAAGCAGUUCCAACAGUGAGAACGAAGAAGAUGAUGAAAAUGUUCUUGGUAAUGAGAGUACGGUGAGGAAGAGAAGCUCCAGUGAAUUUUCUGGGGAGAAGAUUGUGAUCAGAUCACCCUCUUCCACUCACAAAGGUGAAGUGGUUACCAUUGCACCCACUGAUGCCAUUGAGGACAACGCUUUGGAUGUUCCCCAGGAAAUAGAGACUGCGAAGCCCAGGCAGGGCAAGGUUUUGAAUUUUGACGAAGAACUGUUCGUUGAGUGCUGCUCCAGAUUGAAGGCCACCACUGAGAACGAGCUCAGAGGGGCUAAGAAGAUUAAAUUGGAUCACAACGAAGGUUACCACAGGAAGGAUGAACAGCAACAAGGGCUCAGAGGGCCUAGAGAUAGAUGGAGAGAUGUUGAGAGUCAGAAUAGUCUGGGGAGUCUGCUAGAAUCCGUGAAUCAGUUCAAUGAAUUCCAGUUGUUGGGGGAAGAGAUGUACAGCACCAGGGAAAGGGAUUACCCCAAACGAGCUGGUAGAAAUCUGAGAAGCGAACACUCAAGUAGAUCAGCCAGUCCAGACAUGUCCAGGGCUGACAAUCUGGGCUACGAAGACAGUCUUGACGUUGCAUUUGAACACAACAACAAGCUCAGGGAUAAAAUUCAACAACGUAUGAGGGAGAGUGAAAAUCUGAUUGCCAGCACAUUUGGGAAAAGCAGUAACGAUAUUGCACAUCAUAACAAAAAUAAUGAACAAGAUCUGAGGAAUUCCUACUCUCACUUGCAAGAUCAAGGACAAGUAUCUGGUGCCAGUCUAUCUAAUAGAAGCUACAGUGAUGCUGUGCACAUUAGAAAUCUACAGGAACAGCAGAAUGCUGCAAAAAUGCAUUUGGACUCUGGAUUUAAGAACAAGAUGAACUCCUCAUUGGGUGGUUUAUUGGACAAAGCCUUAUCAAACUUGCUGCACAGCAAUGGGAAACAUGAUCACAAUGGGUCAACGCCAAUGAAGGUUCUAGCAGAGCUAGCAUGUGCCCGAGCACCAACAUCCACAACUGGGCUGCCAAUAUCUCAAGAAUUGGUCCAACCAGCAAAGACCUCACCAAAUAAAGAAUCAAUUCCCGACCCGUGUCCAGUAACUGUACCAAAAGACAUUCAGAAGAAGCCUAGGAACCCUAUAAAAGAACUUUUUGAAAGGAAGAAGGAAAUGAAUGAAAGGAAGCAGCAGGAGAAAUCAAAGACAGAGGCUGCUCUUCGAGAACUGAAUGUUCAUCGACAACGUAAGACGAAGAAGAUGAAAAAGCAUCAGGACUUUCCUCUGAUUCGUCGUGGUGAACACGGCGGAGGGUUAGGUGAGAGAAAGAAACGUCGCGAUGGCUUCGAGAGGAAAGAAGAAUUCGUUUCAGACAGGAUAAAGGACGUUUAUGACUUCGACGAAGAGGAGAGUCAGAUAGAGCCGAAUCUGGGCAGUGUGAUGUCUUAUAGAAGCAGGCCAGGGUACGAAGUCAGCUGCCUGAGGACUAAAGAGGUCGACGUGGCAGGAUUAAUGUCCAAGGCCAUCGGUGAGAGCUUAGAGAAUGGAAAAGCUGGGGAUGCUUUGAGCAGUAGAUUGGAGUCUAUGAUAGACAGGAAGUUCAAGGAACUAGAAAAAUUUGCCCCGAAGACGAAGGGUGCUUUGAAGUCUUUCCAGAGCGAGGACCAACGACAGAUCACUGGACCAAUGGACGAGUUUGUCGAGAGGAAGCAAUUGAAAUCUAAACGUCCAGUGGAGCAAUCUCUGAAGCAUUCGAAGCUGAAGAAACGUAAUAAAAACCCUAAGAAGAAGACUAGGAACGCCUGGUACGAGAACGACAGCUCUGAUGAAUAUAGAACGACUGCUGUGAAACCGGAGGACAUUGGUGUAGGGAUCUCGAAGAGCCAGAGAACCUGCUCGAAAGGAAAACAGAACAUAUUUGCUGAACUGUACACUUCAUCGGAGAGCGAAUUCGAACACGAUGGGGUAAACUAUGAAUCGAAGAAGCAGCGAAGAGCGAAGAAGGGUGCAAAGAAAGUUGCUGAAUCAGAGGAUCUCAAACAGAAUCAGGAAUCGGUUAACAAAUAUUCUUCUGAGAACGAGGAUCGUGAAAACGAUGAUUGGAGGGAUCAGGAUUUAAAGGACGACGUCAAGCACGAGUCUGAUCACAAGAAAUCUGAAUCAGAAAUGUCGGACCAUCCUCUGGUGAUCGAUGAGAGAAAGGAUGGAGAGGAUCAGAGAAACAGCGACGAAGAAACUGAGACCCAAUACGAGAGAAACUACGAAAUGGACGAUUUAUAUAGGGAAGACAGUUCUAUCGUUGAUUCAGACGUCGAGGACUCUGUAACCACAGAAGCUCAGAACGUCCCAGAUGAAUCCAGAGUGAAAAAUUCAAAUUCAUUGCAAGAGAAGAUUAAUGGCAAGACAAACUGUAUACGAGAUGAAUUGAUCCCACUGGAAGAAGCUUUGGAUAUGUUGGACCAGGCUGAUAACGAAGCUUCAGAAGCAAAUUACAAUGUCGAUAGAAACGUGAACUCUUUAGAAGAUGGUGACCCAGUGAUAACAGCAGAACCAGAUAUCAGUGAGACUUUUAAUCCUGUCGAGGAAUCAGCAGUGAAGUCUCCUAGUCUUCUAGAGGAACAGGACCAGGAAUUAGAGCAGGAAGAAGAACCUGACAAUGACCUUCUGUCCCUACCAGAAAAGCUGUCCAGCAAUGAGAAGCCUCAGAAAGAGUCUGACAAUCUUCCUCUCCAUGUGUUUCUCAGCAGGAAGGUACAGGAGUCGAAGAAACGAAAGGAACAGCAGCUGAAGAAAAUGCAGGAGGAGCAAGAGAGGAUCCUUAUGGACUUUCAACCGACCAGAAGGCAAAGGAAGUGCGCCAUUGGGAAGCAAGGGCUGUUAGCAGAGAUCAGUAGCUCGGACGAAGAAAUAAGUCCCAGGGACAGGAGGAGCAACGAUAAAUCCGAUCACGAUAAGCCACGUAAACAGAAACGAGAGUCGAAGGAGAAAAGGAAGGAGAGGUACAUCGAGAAGAAGCAUGAACAAAUGAUAGCCAAGGAGCAGAAGGCUAUAGAGGAGGAGAUCUUAAGAGAGGUUGGCAAGAAGAAGGAUUCUCUUGCUAUGAAUCCUCAGAACUGCAAAUCGGAUCUCAGCGACGCUCAUGACCCAGAGAAGCUGGAAUCAAUGGAAGAUAAAAUUGAUCAGGAAGUAAUGCAGAAGAAGAAACAUCAGGCAAAAGAGAAACAGAAGAAACAAAGCAAAGUGGAUGAAGAAAUAAAUGUGAAACAUAAUAACGAAGGCUUGGAUGAUCCAGAGGGUAAUUGUAAUAAAUCUAUAUUGGCAGAGAGCAACCAUGAAGACACGAACAAUCAAGAAUCUCCUGUGAAACAGAAAAGGCACUCCAAGUCUCCGACGAAACCAAAGAGGACUUCUAAAGGGGACGCGAAGGUUGCAAGUAAAAGGAAUAGAAACGCGAACUCUGACAAGUCGAGGAACCGGGCCGACUCCAAAGGAUCCAGGGACAAGGAACGUAGAUCGUCUAAUGGGAAACACGAUUCCGAUGAUGAAGAAUUAAAGACAACGAAAUCGUGGAACAAAGUUGAAGAAGGUGUGGGGGUGGCCAUUGGCCGACGAAAACGCGCUGCUGCAAACCAGUUGUAUUAUUGGUCCAGCUCCAGCGACGAGGAAGAGAUGCUUGAAGUGGUCCCUGUGGUCGAGGAAGAGGAGGACGACCGCCAGGAACAACACGGCUGGAUCGUUGGUGAUUCCCAUAAGAGAAUGAUCACCAUGCUCGCCAUGGAGAAGCAGCUGAAGGAGAAACGACGAAGAAGCGAGGACGAAUUCGAACCCGGCAGAGCAAAGAGCAAAAAGCAUAGAAACAGCACCUCUUGAUACGUAUUUCAUGACUAGGUUUGUUGAAGUGACUAGAAACAUACUAAAGAAUUUACUCUUUUUUUUCUUCUUCUUAGGAACAAUAACUUUCAUUAAUUAAGUUCCUUGCAGUGAUUGGGAACAGAAGGAAUAUACAGUUCCUUUUUCCAAGUCAGAAGAAGUAGUUGAUGAUUAAUGCUAAGAACUGCGAUUCUUAACCAAGUGUAUUUUAUAAGUGUGUUCAUCGAUGAACUGGAAAACAUGAUACUUAGAGGAGAAUGAUAAACAUACCUAGAAGAAAAUGGAUGAAGUAAACUGAAAAGUUCAGCAGCAACUUUUUAUACAUAUUUCAUGACUGGGUUUUCUUUUUUCUAAAAUCAGGACUGGGAUUUCUUAAUGCACGCAAUGAAAAGAUUAGAAGACUUUUGUAAGCGAAAGUAGCAUAACUGGAUCUUUUGAUACUAGUCUUAGACUCAUGGAAACAGACGAAGGAAUUAGAUUCAAUAAUGUAGCUAAACGAAUGCUGUUCCUUCCCAUGGAUAGUAAUAUAAGUCUGAACCAGCAGUUUUUUGCUGAAGGGACAGCAACAAAGGAAUAGUUUAUAUAACUACUUGGUCUGAUGAAACAGAAGCAGAGUACGAUGAAAAUUUGGUGUGAUGACUAUGUCGCAUAGUGAUCAGAACUGAUUGGUUCAAUAUUUUCCUUUGUGUUCUUUUCUGAGGUAUACACAUGAGACAAUGCAGUUGUGAUUGCACUUCUGUGGGAAUUUAGUUUAUUAAUUCUUAUUUUGAAUUUCUUUAAAAUGUGGCGUUAUUCAAACGACUAAUGUAACUGCCAGAACAAAUUCAAAAUUUAUUUUAUAGGUUUUUAAUGGAACGUUCAAGGUGUGUGUCGAAUUUUGAAGUGACUAAGAACGUGUUGUGAUCAAGUUAUAUAAGAAGAAAAAUGGCAAAAAACCAUGUACAUAGCAGCUUGGCAUUAUACAGAAAAAAAAGGCUAGCUCGUGUAACGUUAAGGAUAUAAUAAUUCCAAGCCCUUAUAAAUAUUAUAAAUAUAUUCUAUCUUAGACUGAAUGUGAGGAAUAGUGGACAUAAACAAAUAUAAAAAACAGUGUAUGAAAAAAGAGCACCUUUAGACAAUACUAGGACAUUUAAUACGUUUUAGUUAACGUAGUGGAUCUUUAGGUGACUUUAAAAAAAAAAAAUGAAAAAAAAUGAAAAAAAAAGUACUGUGUAAAAUGAAAGAUGAAACAGCUAAUUUAGUUUUUUGUGAAAGGACGAUGUAAAAUGGGGUCCAAUCGAGUAGCGUGCUUUCGCCGGCUUUUUGUGAUUCGUACAUAUCGCGAUAAUCUAACAAACAAAUUGCCGGUCGUUUUUUUUUUUUUCAUAAUCCGACAGGUUUUACAGAGAAAUUUAUUCUGAGCUAAAAAUCAUCCACCUUCGAUACGUCGUGUUAGCACAUUUAGUCGUACAGCGUAUAAUGAAAUCAAUUUUUUCGUUAAAUGCGUUUGAAUUUUCCUAGAUCUCAUGUCAUGGCAUCAGCCACGUAUUUAAGAAUGAAGCUUGUAAUGAUAAAAAGAAAAAAGAAAUGCGAGGAACGAUAGGAAACUUUUCCUUUCUUACGCUUAGUUGAUGCACAUAAUUCUAAGUAGAUUUUCAUUUAUAUAUAUUAUAAAUAAAUGAGUAUAUAUAUAAAUAUGAACAGAAAUAUGAGAAAAUAAAUUGAAUGUAUAACAUGAAACGAUAAAAAAAAAAAAAGCUGUAUAAGGAAAUAGACUUUAAUGUAAAUGUACUGCCAUAAUCAUAUUAUAUAUGAGAGCCUAUGCGAAUAGUUAUAUUAAUAUUAAUUCCUGUAAAAAAAAUGAACAACCAGAAUGACAGCGAUAACAAGAUAGUUAGCACAAAACUAGGCAACAAUCCAAUGUAAAUAGAGCAUAUUUUCAAUGUGUCUGGAAAAGUAUGUUUUGUAAUAUAAGGAUUACAAAGGAAAAUAAAAUUAUUAAA